AGGUGGUUAAAUGCGCAGCCCCUACGCGCACGUCUUUUUUUAAGUAUAGGUCCAGAUAUAAACGAUUUAUAAAAAAAUGUUGAAUUCGCAAAUAAUUAGAUGAAAAUUCUUGUGAAAUAUUACAUUAGCCUAAAAAUACAAUUUAUUCUCAGUGCUUUACCUAAAUCCGGUACGAUCGGAAUUCUGAUAAAUAUCUAGGUGAAGUUUUGACAGUAAAGUAACCAUAAACUUGACGUUGAGGGACUUUAAAAAAAGUGCUAAAAAAGUAAACGACUUCUGCCUAAAGGAACUACUCACAGGGAUGUAGAGGAAAAUGAUAUCAAGCAAUGCCUCUAUAUACAAAUUGAAAUCUUCAAAAAGUUACCGAGAUGUGCCAGAUGCAGAGUACUCCCACUCUGAUGAAAGUGGAGAUCAAGAAAUUAAUGAAAAAUUUAAUGCCCGGGAAAGAGGAUACCGAAAUUCAGGUGCUACCAGAAACCGUACAAGAUCUACUGAAUUUAGAUCUACGAGAACAACGGGAGGAAGAGCUGCAUGCAGGCCUGGUCGUAGAGGAGAUCCGCCGUCUCGUAGAUCAGAUAGGGAUUAUUCUGAUGGGUAUUAUUCCACUAGAAAAUAUGAGAGCAGCCGAAAUGAGGGGUUACCAGCAUUUAGGGGAAAGUUCUAUGAACCAGAGAAGAAAUCUGAUAUAAAGCUAAACCUACCUGAAGACACCAGAAUAUCAAAACUUUUAAGACGCCUUAAUAUAGAAACCUGCCAAGAAAACUCUCUGCAGAUCUCCAAAAAGCUUUUAGAAGUAUUACUUUUACCCGACAAUGCAGCAUAUAUUAGGAAAGCGUUUCAUAUUCUUGGUGAAUCCAUGUAUGAAAUUUUGAUGGUUUCACCAGGCUUAUUGGCCAAACAACAAGCUGCUAGAGCGCUGGGUAGAAUGGGUUAUAUUAUGGGACAAGAAGGUGAUUUUGACAGAUACCACAACUGGCUAUUUUCACGGAUGCAAAACACUUGCGAGGAAACCCAGAUACUCCUUAUGUCAUCAUUUAAAGAAACACUCGCGAUGGAACAGAAAAACCCGAUUUUAGAAGAACAUAUUGAAAACCUUAUUAACAAUCUUGUGGCGGCGAUAGAAGUAACUGAUAAUGCUGAAGUGUUUAAAGCCAUUUUGGAGACUUUGGUGAAUGUUGUGGAAGUUUACCCAAAUGAGUUUUACACCCAAUUUAGAGAUACUAUUGACCUUCUCUUUGGCUGGCACGUUGAUCACACUCAGCCAUUAUCGAAUAUUGAAUUUAUAAGCAAAAACAUGCAAAAACUUUCGCAUCAUUUUAAAUUCAAUAUAGAAUUUUCCGUGUCCCUUGUUGAGAACUUUUUGGAGGAUAUUUCAAACUAUACAGCAGAUCUGAAUAAGCCUGAAAGCAUUGACCAUGUCACUGUAUUUCUAUUAGCACUCAACACCGUACUGAAAUGUUUAGGUAUCAGUUUUCACCCAGCAAAUAAUAAGAUUGUCACCAGUGAUUUCAUUGUAGCAUGCCUGGGAAGUGUUAUUAAAACGGUUACAGAUGCUCUUGAUUAUUUUACACCUGAAAAUCUAAUCAUCGCCGCCAACGAUGUCAUAUCUCAGCUUCUUUCCUAUUUAGAAACGAAGCCUCAAAGCAUCAGCAAUUCCAUUUAUAAUUUAAUCGACAUGGAGCUGGUGUUAAUAAAUGAUUUGUAUGACAAUGCGGUCAUUUCGAUGCUGCUGCUAAUUUCUAAGGUUGUCAAAGAACUUUCCGCAAACCUUCCGAUGGAGCUGAUUGAAAAACUUAUUGGUCCUAAGAGCGACAUUGUUAAACUACGCUCGUCUCCUUAUAGACAUAUUCAAAACUCCGUUAUUUGUGUCUAUCAGGCUCUAUUAAAUUUAAAGAAUGUAUCGCUACUUCAGGAGGCUUACAGAUAUAUUUGGGGUGACUUGGAGAGAUUUUAUGUUAAAAUUGUACCUAAAUAUAAGCCUAUUAUUCAGAAUAACCCUUACGGACAAAAAGAUGCUGAAGAAUCAACAGAAGACCCUCAUUUAACAGUGAUGUUUUUGUUACGUUGUCUGUCGCAACUGACUAAUGCCAGUUCGAUUAUAGUAAUGUGGGCGCUGAAACCUAGUAUUUUGGAGCUGGUUGGAUUACAUUUGCGCCCUCACGAUGCUGUUUUAUCUAAAAGAGCUCCAUAUAUUCAAUACAGUUUGCUCUAUCUCCUGUUUUCUCACUGCAAGUGUUACAAUCACUUUAUAUCAAAUAGCGCAUUAGUCACAAAUAAACAGGAGAUGAACCGGUUUGCUUUAACGGACACCCUCAAUAUCGGAGAUGUGCCAAAUACUUCACCUAACUCUGGAAAUUUUGGCGUGAUUCUUGAGGUUAUUUAUAAAUGUUUAAAAAUUGAAACUUCAACUGAAGUUGCUCUAUUGCUUCUGCAAUGGCUUAACGAUAUUUUAGUAAAUUCGGACAGCUACUUGGAAGCAUUUUAUUUGGAUGAGAAGUUUGGUUUAGUGACUGAAGUUUUGGUAAAGUGCGGGUAUCAUUUUAAUGGACGAAUUACUGAGGCCGUAUGUGAGAAUUUAGAGAAGCUUUUAAGUAAUAAGCAGCUUGCUUGGAAUAACGUAUUUUUAAGUAACGUUAGCGACUUAUGCAAACUUCAUAUGACUUCAAAUAAUGUUGGAUUACGUGAACGAUAUUCGAGGCUCCUAAGUAAUGUCCCUUGGGAUAUAGCAAUCGUUGAACUCAAUAAUGUAACCACAAUGAAUCAUUCUAUGGAGAAAACAUGCAAUUCGAAAGAUUUUAACAAAUAUAUGGUUUAUUUGGCCCAAAAUUUACAUCUGAAUGGGUCUGUUGAUGGGGAGAUGUGUCUUGAGCAGUUCAAGAACUUUAUGAGGUAUUUACUGUAUAAAAACAAUUUUGAUGAGAGUUUUUUGGAGGAGAUAUUUACUACUUGUUGGACACAAGACUACGAAAGUCACAUGAAUAUGGAAUUGUUCUACGAUCUUGCUAUGAACUCUAGACAAGUGUUAAUUAGUUGGUGUACCAUGGAAGCAGCUCAGGUUUGCGUCAAUUACAAACUCCGCACACCCUUGGGUAAGCCCAAUGAAACUUUUAUGAAAAUUGAAAGCGCUUUAAACGAACUAGGCAAUGAUUUAGUCAUGAUGAAAAAAACUGGUGACCGAUUAAACGAAAAGUCUGGAAACCGCGUCCGAAUGCUACUGCAGUUUAUAGAGAACCUAGAAAAGAGCAUUUACAAUGCCUCGGAAGGAUGUGCGGUGGCAAUGCCACAAGCCAAUAAAAAUGUCAAGGCGUUUUUUAUAGCAAACGCAAAUACCUGCAACGAGUGGUUGUCCAGAAUCAGGAUGGUUGUUAUACAUAUUGCUUUACACUCUGGCGAAAACUCUCUUGCGUACAGGCAUAGUCAGUGCAUGUUAAAAGAGAUUGUUAUCGCUGGUAAAGCCAAGAGUGUGGAGUUUGAAAGAGUCGCGAUGUUCGCUACGUUGGCCCUCCUGAAUCUUAAGGAGUCUGAAGCUCUGUAUGGCCUUUAUACUUGGUGUAAAAUGCAAACAGGAAAAAGGUUUCAGUUUAUUAAGUACAGCGUGGAUCAGGCAGCUAAACGUUAUGAAAUAGCGGUGGAAGGCUUUAAAAGAAUUCUUGAAGAAGCCAAAGAUGAAAGGGACAGUAAUACUUCGAAAGAAGACAAAGGUUUGAUUGAUGAUAUUAUAAACUUUAUUCAAGAUCAAGUAGUGGUAUGCUAUAAGGAGCUUAAUAACUGGGCUGAUUUGUUUGAGUGGUAUGAAUAUUAUCACUUAUAUCUUGGUAAUGUUACUGAAAAUGGCAAGAAGUAUUGGUUUCAUACUACAGACUGGGAAUGCAACAAGUCUUUGUACAAGUUAGAACUUGAUGAACAUUCUUUGACAGAGUUAGGAACUUGGCGUUUAAAAGAUGAAGAAACCACUUGGAGUUUGUAUGAAAACCUUACCACAACAGAAACAAAUCUUUUUAACUAUGCAUUGAACCUCGCUGCUGGUAGCGAAGAUUCUGUAUUACCUAAAAUAGAGCAAACCCUUUACAACGUACAAAAAAACGUUAGAGAUCUUCUACCCUUGGCACCGAACGAGUUUUUACAAAACUACUCUCUCCUCCAGUACGUUGCCAUUGGCUUGAGAAAUGUAGCGCAGAACCUGACGGCACAUACAGUAUUCCUUGUUUCUGAAAAUUUCGAGAAAGAAAUUGAUAAAGUAGACACUAGCAUUCUAAGGAAAAUCCUGUGGUGGUCCGAGUACUUUGGCAAAGUCCAAAACCAAGGUUUUGAUGUAUUCUGCAGCAAUUUAAGACUGGACAUCAUUAAGCGGGCCCGCAAAGAAAAGAACUUUGAAUUAUCUUCUCGUCAAAUUUACAAAUUUUUCAGAGACAAAGGGAUCGAGUUUUCUUGCCCAUAUGUAAACCGACUUACUUUUCAAGAACUGGCAACCAAACUGUCUGAUAUAACUAUUUGCACUCUAGAUACGGCCAAAGCGAUGUCUGAGGUUAUUAAAGUUUGUUAUCACAGCGAGAGGGAAGACUCGCGUCAAACUGCUCUUAAUUUAUGUGCUACAGUCUCUACGAUAAUCUCAAAGUACGCUGAACUUUGCAAUAGUAAUGAACAUCGGAAAGUGAGUAGUAAAAUUCUGCUAAAGCUCGCUUCGUGGAUGCAAAAUAACGACAGCGUAAACAUAACGGAAAUUAAUAGCGCUCUAGGGAAACUCAUUAUGGUCUUACCAGAGAUAGGACUGAUAGAGCCCGGAGCCAACAAUAUCAUUCCCUUGAACGAAAUGGCCGUUGGAAAAUUAUUGCAGUUUAGUGCACAUCAGUGUCCCAGUUUAGCGAAAAGCUGGAAUGCCUUUGGUACCUGGUGUUAUCGUUGGGGAAAGAAAACUGUUGAUCACGGAUCUAUUAUGAAGAAUAAUCUUACCGAGGAGCAUUGCCUGGAAAUCAAGGCGCUUUUACCAUUCGAGACAUCCGAAAAAGACGUUACAAAGAUCAUACGUAUUUUGUCGCAAACAAGAUCCGCCAUAAUUGGCGAGGAAGAUAUUGAAUCUAACGAAAUAAACACUACAGAUAUGAUUCAGGCUCAGUUACAAACUGUGGGCAUAUUAGAAGACGCCUCUGAAGAUCAAUUAAGAAGUCUGGUACAAAUUUGGAAGAGCACUCAAAAAAGCAUGUAUAACUAUUAUUCUUUAAGUGCUGAAGCUUACUUUAAGUACCUCCACUUGGUCAUGAAGAGUGAAAACGUUUCUAAAAGCAACGAUUGCGAUACAAUAACUAUUACCUUAAGAUUGUUGAGGCUUAUGGUAAAGUAUGCAUUGGAAUUGCAAAGUACUCUAGAGGAAGGACUGCAAAGUACACCUACAGAGCCCUGGAAGGUUAUUAUACCUCAGCUGUUUUCUCGAUUAAACCAUCCAGAAAGUUACGUAAGACUCAGAGUUUCAGAUUUAUUAUGCAGAGUUGCGGAAGAUGCGCCUCAACUUAUUACUUUUCCUGCCGUAGUAGGGGCGUUAGAAGGUGGUGUAAAGUUUGACUUUAGUGAGAUAAAGUUGCCGAAAGAUUGUUUAUCACAAAACAAUGAAGAUCCAGAUGAAAAUGACCUAGAUAAUGAUGAAGAUAAUUACGAAAGUGACACGGACGAAUGCCGGGACAAUACUUUGCAAAACUGCUUCAAAGCAAUGGUGGAUACUUUAAGCAAACAAGAUCCCGAAACGAUAUCGCAAGUGCAAACUUUAGUAAAAGAAUUGAGAAGAAUUACACUGUUGUGGGACGAGCUGUGGUUAGGUACCUUGGCGCAGCACCAAAGCGAGAUCGGAAAGAGACAGAGGCAGCUCGAGUACGAAAUAGAAAAGGUGAACGAAAACAGUAAUCUCAGCAAAGAAGAAAAAGCUAGCUUAAUAUUCGAAAAACAUCGGAUAAUCAUUAAGCCGAUAGUGUACGUUCUGGAGCAGCUAAACGAUGUAACCAGUGUAGAGCCAGAAACUCCUCACGAAAAACAGUUCCAGGAGAAGUACCAGGAAGAUAUAAAGGCAGUAAUAGAAAAACUGAAAAAUCCCCAGAGUCCCGAACAUCCUCAAGACUCUUUGUCCCCGCUUAAACAGCUCCAGAAGAAGUUUCAGCAAAAGUUUCACAAGAGGGCGUCUUACUCGCUUAAGAUGCAAGACAUUUCGCCGGUGCUGCACUCAGUUAAAGAUACAUUGAUUGCCAUGCCCGGAAUAGCCACUAACGAAAAGAAAACCGUUACUAUUUCUCAUGUUAGUAAUGUGGUUUCUAUUUUGCCAACUAAGACCAAGCCAAAGAAGUUAAUAUUUUACGGGUCGGACGGACAAACCUAUACUUAUUUAUUCAAGGGAUUAGAAGAUCUUCACCUAGAUGAACGCAUAAUGCAGUUCCUCAGUAUCGCAAAUACUAUGAUGGCCCAAAAUGCUGAUCCUAGUGGCCAUAAUUUGUACAGAGCCAGACAUUAUUCCGUGAUACCUUUAGGACCCAGAUCAGGUCUAAUAUCAUGGGUAGAUGGCACCACUCCUGUGUUCGCUUUAUACAAACGGUGGCAGCAGCGCGAAUUGGCUAAACCUACCGCUAAAGGAACUCAAACAGUUCCCAGACCGUCAGAACUGUUCUAUAAUAAAUUAGUGGAGCACGGUGUGCAAAAUAUUGACAACCGAAAGGAAUGGCCUCAAUCGGUGCUUAAAGAGGUAUUAACGGAACUUAUGGCGGAAACUCCCAGUGAUUUGAUAUCCAAGGAGCUAUGGUGCAAAGCUGUUUCGCCCAGUUCGUGGUGGCAAGUGGUCAAGAGAUACAGUUACAGUGUUGCCGUUAUGAGUAUUAUAGGAUACAUCAUAGGAUUAGGCGACAGGCACUUGGACAACGUUCUUAUAGACCUUAUGACAGGUGAUGUUGUUCACAUCGAUUAUAACGUGUGCUUUGAAAAGGGCAAAACCCUGAGGGUGCCAGAAAAGGUGCCUUUUCGACUUACCCCAAACAUAAGGGAUGCUCUAGGAGUCACCGGAGUAGAGGGCAUAUUUCGUGUGGCCUGUGAAAAUGUGUUAAAAACCAUGCGUAAAGGCCGUGAAACCCUUCUGACUCUUCUAGAGGCUUUCGUCUACGAUCCGCUCAUUGAUUGGACCGUGGGAGGAGAGGUGCUGGCUGGCACAACGUUUGGCGGAGUCACCUCUUCUGAAUCAGGAGGAAAACGACAAACUAAGAAAGAGUUGGAACGGGAGGUCACCUUGGCUAUGUUUGACGUAAGAUGCGUUGAGAUGAAGGCCGAAUGGCAAGAGAAUAAGGAAGACAUCUUAUUAGAAAUACCCACUUUACUGGAUCAUCUUCAAGAAUGUUUGGUGGUAGCGCAAGAAUUAAGCGAAACAGAGGAUCAGUUGCAAGAUUUACAUCAGCAACUCUCCCUGGUCAAAGAGGCUGAAGCACAAGGGAAGAAACAUUCCUUAUAUAAGUUGCCUACGCUCUAUGAGGCAUACGUAAAAAGUCAAGAGUCUAUGAAUAGUGCCAAAAAGGCUCUCUGCGAUAUAAUCAAGGACUGUGAGAGUCAUUCAAAGAUUUUUAAACAAUUGUUGAACUCGUACGAAAAUCAGCAGUUCACCCAAUGGUUGAACGAGUUAAAAUUCAAUGUUUCGGAUGAUAGCACGCAUAUUUUUGAUCUGGUCAAAGAGUUCCUGCAUAACGCUGGUAAAGAUGAUGUCGUUACACAGUGUGAACAAUCUGAAUUAGAGGUGGCCCAGCUUUCCCAACAUCUAAACCUACACUCUAGAAAAUGCAUUCAGACCUUCCAAGACUACUUUUCACUGCUGGUACAAUGUCCGAGAUCUUAUAUCAAUUACCAUCGGAUGGAUUUAUACUCAAAAUGGGCCAAUCAUUUAUUAGAAACUAAGAGUACCGAGGGCUGCGAUAAUGUAAUUGCGGAAUUUAAAUUAAUGCACGAUCGACAUGUGCAUAAUACUGCGAAGAUUGUCAAUGUUGCCUUUACUAUGGAUAAUUAUUAUAAGGAUACGUUAUUACAGGUUAAUAAGUCGUUUGAAGAACUAAGCAAUAUACGUGCUCGUGAUCCGUCCAACUCGAUCGAAACUUCCUACGCCCAAACGAAGAAAAAUAUAGAAAUGUUCCUAUCUCAAGAUAAAAUUGCCACAAAUGCCUUCAAAUUUGUUGUUGCUGGAGAUUUACUAAUUCUUAACAAAAUGCUUCUUAGUGCAGAGAUUACCGCACAAAAAAGCGGCAAUUUAUUACUAAAAUUGACGUCUAGGGACGGAGAUUGGUUCCUUGACGAUUUGCUAAUGAAUAGUCUUCGGGCAGUGGAACUGGUCAACAAUUUACCUUUAAAACCUGAAGUAGAUGAUCCCAGACUUUUCCAAAUAACAACAGGCAUCAAAACAGCCAAUCUAGUGUACAAAGGUUUGUAUGACUUAAAUUUCAACUUUCACACGAUUAUUUUACCGGAAUCGAUGAAGAAGAUUCAAGCGGAUGAGGACAGCGUUCAAGUAAUGAUCGCAGAUUUAAGGCGGGUGGUCGACGAAUGUGAAAUUCCCAUCCAUAAUAUGAUUGCCGAGUUAGAGAAGCUGCUUACUUGCGUUUUGAUGCACGUUGAUAUACAUACUAGUUACGACUACGUUUUAGAAAAACUUGUACUCUUACGCUCCAACUAUUUCUCUCUAAUUCCCAACCAACCUGAUGCUUUAUCUCAAGGUAAAAUGCUCUUGAUGGGUUUCAAUGGCCUGUUUGAAAAAGUGAAUCAGGAAAUCACUAACUUAGUUUCCACACUCGGUACGCUUGAUGUACCGAAAUCUUGGAAGAAAUUGGAUCAUGUUAUCCAAGCAAAGAACAUAUCGCCUCACAUUUUCAAGCCCCAAGUAAAAAGCAUUCUCGAAAAUAUCUUCUUUUUAAAACGAAUCGUGGCUAUAAAAGAUUUCUUUACUCUGGCCCAGCAGAUGUCUCAAAGUAUCAAGGGAAGCGCUCCCACAAUGAUUUAUUCUGACGAUACAUUAACCAAACCUGUAAAGCAGUUUAUUGCCGAGUUUAUUUCACGCCAACUUCUGGGGAUUACGCCAGAAGCACUAACGUAUUGCAUUUGCCUUCUAUUAGAACAAGUGGGAAUUAAAGUAACUCAUGAGGUAGAGCAAAAAGAUAUUGGAGCCGAAAGCAAGGUGCCUUUGGAAGAAAUUUACCAAAAAGCGUAUAAUAGCUUAACGAAACAGGGUGCUUUUACACCAAACGUGUUUUCCGAAGCGUCCAGCUUGGAAAACAGCCUGAAAAUAUCCUGGGAAAAGAUUCAGGCCCCCAAAAAAUUGGAACAAAAACUCGCUGUGCUCCAGUCGAGUACUUUUAGGCUCCAGAGCCAAAUGGCAGUGCACAAUUUGAUUUACGAUGAUGUUUUAUCCAUGAAUAACUUUCCCUCUGCCAGGGCUAAAUUUGUGAUGGAUAUGCAGAACGAGCUAACGCAGCUUCAGAGUACUUUUAAGCAGCUGAAAGAGGCGAGGGAGAAACAGCAGAAACUGGUGGAAAAAGCGUAUCAGCGACUGAAUUGGGCUAAAGGUGCCAAUCCAAACGUAGUAGAAAUUCUGGCUGCCUUCGAGACCGCCGUGCAAAACCGCGAAACCCAACUCAACUUGGAACAGAAAAUCGCCAGUAACAUCUUAGAAUCUUACGGUGUUAUAUUGCAGCACGAAGUAUUGCGAUCCUCAAACGUCGAAACGACCAAGAAGUAUGACCAGUCAUUUUUAACUUGCUAUGAAAAAUGGCGGCAGAGCUGCGAGUAUGCAGAGAGUAAUAACGAAGCAUUAUUGCCAGCUGAGGAGAGCAUUUUAAACAUGCUUUCACUUGAUCUCGUCCAGAAUCCUAAGUGGCUUCAUCAGGUUUCUCUACAUAUCACUGACGUGAUAGCAAUUUAUCAAAAGCGACUGGCUGAUAAGAAGGAUGGGCUAUUUACAUCCAACGACAACCUUACUACUUUGAUAAAUAAUUUCAAAGCCAUAUUCAAUAUUCAUUCCAGACUUAUGCAAGAUGUCAAAGGUCUUCUUAAAACUAUGGCUAAAAUCGACGAAUACAGUAAGGAGACCCAAUAUUUCAUUUAUGAUUAUAAAAAAUAUUUAGGGCACUUUAACGAACUUUUUGGUAACUAUUGGGAAGAAUUAGACAAAAAGAUGAUAGAGGAUAUGAUUGUGCACUUGGAGUAUGUCAGGGAUAAUACAGAAGAUAUUUAUGAAGGCUUACUUGGCCUGCAACAAUUAAGAACUAACAACUACAGACCUCGCUUAAGAAAACAAAGUUGUAUGUUUUCUUGUGAAAUAAAGAAGGAAAGUAAGAAUCAACAAAGGAAUGCGUAUGCAUUAAAUGUGUGGAGGCGAGUUAAAAUGAAAUUGGAAGGACGGGAUCCAGAUAGUACCAGGAAGUGUACUGCACAAGAACAGGUCGACUAUGUAAUCCGAGAAGCGACCAGCCUCGACAAUCUGGCCCUUUUAUACGAGGGAUGGACGCCAUGGGUAUGAGCUAACCGAAACGCGAAGGCGCGACUCCGUCUCUGAUUGGCGGAGUGACGUGCCGGUGGCUCUCACUCGUCGACUUGAACCAACCAAUAGGCAAACCACUAGCGCAAAGGCGGGCGACGGAACGGUCGCAGCGGCCAAUCGCUGGGUGCCGUAUUCAAACAAAAAGGGGCGUGACAUCAAGCAGUCAGGGUUACGCGCGUGCGCGCUAAGCUGAAUAGACGUCGGGAGAGGGCGGGACCUAUUUUAUUAUGGUCACGCCCCCUAUUCUGGUAAUCGUAAAUUACUUAAUUUUUGGUAUCCUGCCCUUCGGUGUUGUUUUGUAUGUAUGUGUACUGGAUGGGUAAAGUUUCUUAGAGAUGAGUUAUGUUGGUUUGGUAUUAGACUCAAUUAAAAUCUGCACAAUUUUUGUUGUAUUGCUGUUUUUUAAACCAAAAAUAAAACAACUGGCUUUUUCUAAAAACUUAUUUUCACGCAAUUUUAAAUCUCACAAAGUGAGUGAUAGUGUUAGGCUGUAAAAAAAAAGAAGUCGUGUCAGGACUUCUUGGAGGCCAAAAUAGGUUCUUUCCCACUUUAAAGUUGCCGCAUAUCUUCAAGCGAUGCAGAAUGUGCUGCCAUCUGACUAUUGUGAAUUUUUAUAACUUAAAAUCUGCUUGGUAAUUUUUACUUGCUAUUGUUCUGGAAAUUUUUGUUAAGAACUUUUAAUUUUUUAAACAGAAGUCAGGGUGAGACUCUCAAUUUAAACGAGUGAGAAUGUGUGAUCUUUUCCGGGAGUAAACUCUCUAAGAGUCAACUUAAAUGAGGUUCCAGUGUAUUGUAAAUUGUAUCUAUUGUUUAUUAUAUCCAUGAGUAUUGUCUCUACGUUAUUUUAAAUAUCCAACCCUUAAGCAAAAAGGAAAUGCAAUUUUAAAGAAACUCACAUUGCCUUCCCAAGUGAGAUGAGACUGAAACAUUUUCAAGGUUGAGUCAGGUAAUGCCUGAUGACUUUUUCCUCUUGAAAGGGCGAGAUGUUUAUUGGCGAUAAUCUAAAUGUGAUAACUGAGAUGUUUUCUAGUUUAUCAACUCUAGUCAAUACGGAAUCUAUUACGGACUUUAGUCAAAAACAGAACAACUCGUAUACUAGCAUACACUAUUUAUUAACAGUUAAGCUUUUUUUUUUAAUAUUUUUUAUUAAGUUUUCGAAAGCAAUCAAAAUGUACUCUCUAACCUUAAUUCAUUUGUGUAAUUAGUUUAAAAAAAACUAUUUUAACCAAAUACUUAUUUGUUACCGGAAAUUUUUAAUAUAAAAACAAUAUUUUUCUUCGAGCUCUCUAAUUGUAUCCAAUUAGAGAAUUCAACAUACCGACAUUCACUAAUAACCUAUUACUGCCUAUAACUAUCGCAAUUUUAAUUACUACCGCCAUUUUUAAAGUCCAUACUUGCAGUGGAGUUAAUAUGUCAAUGGGUGACUAAAAAUGCUUCGGUCAUCCUCCACUAAAUUUAUUUAAAAAUUCUAAUUAAUCCUUAAUCCUACAUGUUUCGGACAUCUAACGUGUCCAUCAUCAGGGAUACAAAUUGAGGGUUUUCGUCAAUACAUAUUAAAGCUAUAGUGCCUCCGGCAAGGUCAAAGGGUUAAAACAACUAACAAUGAAUAAAAAUGGCAUAUUAGGAUGCAUAAGAAAGGGACUAAAACUGGAUCUGCACAAACAUAAAAUCACAAGAUUACAACACUACGAUAAUUGUUAUGUAAACUUUGGUUUUUUGUAUCCCUGAUGAUGGACAUGUUAUAUGUCUGAAACAUGUAGGUUAAUAACAUGUAAAUUAAUAAUUUUCAAAUAAAUUUAGUGGAGGAUGACCGAAGCAUUUUUAGUUACCCGUUGACCGCCAUUUUUGCAAAGAGACAGUAAUCGUCAAUAGAAACAAUAAUCGUAUUAGCCAGGUCUUAGUAAAUAGAACAUUUAUUGCUUAAAAAAACUAAACCAGAACAAAAGCCAAAAUUACAAUUACAUCAUCAUAGAGCUCUAGUUGAAAUUAAAGUUUUUUUAUUACUAGUGAUCUAAUACUUUAUAAUAUUAAAAAUAUAUACCAAGUCUUAAAACGUUCUCAUUUGCAAAUUACAAUAUUUUCACAAUAGAAUUUUACAAUACAUCACUCUUAACAACAAAUGCCAUUUACCGUAUCAGCUAGCUUAAUACCAUCUUAUAUUCUCAUAAAUUCGUUUAAAUAUUCUUCAAAAUUAUUAAUAAAAAUAAAUUUGGAUACAAACAACUUACCAACAAAUUGCAAUGUUGUCGCUAUAUUAUGGUAUUUUUAUGGACCUAUUAAAAACAUAUUAAAAUAAUUUUUCCUACUACCGUGCGUAAAGUACUCACAUUACACACUUCCAAGGGUUUAUAAAGUUUCACUUUUUAUGCACUAGUGUCUAAAACGACUUUAGUAGGCACUGGUGCGUAAAAAGUAAUUUGACGUUUAUUUGGCAUUCAUUUUAUAAUUUGUCAAAAACUUUUUUGACGUUUUUUUUACGCACCAAUGUGUAAAGUAAUUGGUAUGUUUUUUUCGGUAGUAGAAUAGUUAUUUAUGUAACAAGUGUGUAAAAUGAUCCUUUUUUGAUGAAUGGGAAACUUGUCGCAUGCGAUAAUUCCAUACAAAACAUACAACAUUUUUUCUACUACCGAAGAAAACAUCAAAAAAAUUAAAAAUAUCAAAUUAUUUUACGCAUUUAAACGACUUUACGGUAAAAAAACCGUCAAAAGAAUUGUUGACAAACUAUCAAUUAAAUUUCAAAUAAACGUCAAAUUACUUUUUACGCACUAGUGCGUAAAAAAUACUUUUUUUUAGGCACUAGUGCGUAAAAAGUGAUUACUUUACACACUCUGGGAAGUGUGUAAAGUGAGCACUUUACCCACGGUAGUAGAAAAAAAUUUUAUAUGUUACACGUGUGAAAGAUCUCCUUUUUUUAUUCAUGGGAAUUGACAAAUUUCCCGUUUAUAAAAAAGAAUCAUUUUACACACUAUUUUAAUAUAUUUUUUUAAUUAAUUUGUUUAAAUGUGUAAUAAAAUUUAAAUAGUAAAAAAAAUAAAUAGUUCAGAUAUUUAAAAAGUUUCUAAUAUAUUAAAAGUAAAAUCUAGCAGCUUUUAAUUGAGUCAACAUACCAAUGAAAACGAGACUAGUUGCACUUAUAAGAGGGUAAUAAUGAAUUAGGGGCACAGAUACUAAAAUAAUAAAGGUCGUAGGUUUAAAAAAAUAUGCGUGACUCGCUGCUUGCAUAUUAAUCAUUUAUGUUUUGUCGCGGAGAUUGACAAAAAAAAGGUAAUUGUAUUUCUUAGUGAUGAACAAACAAGGAUUAUUAUUAUAUCAUGAUAUAAACACGUUUUUUUUUUUCAUUUAUGUUAGCUAAACCGAAUAAUUUUCUUUGUAACUGUACGAAAUAGAUUUCUUGAAAUUCAAAAAAACCGUUGAUGCCAUAGAGUUACUGUUGAGAUAUGUGACUAAUUAUUGUGUUAUAGAAAUCUAAGGCGUUCAGUAGAAUUAUGCACAUUGGUAUUGAAAUUGCAAAAAAAAAAUCAAAAUAUAAUAUUAUUAUUUUGUAUUAUGUUUCAUUGAUUAUUGCUCAUAAAAAAGAUCGUGAUUGGAAUAUCAACAAAGAUUGUUUUUAUUAAUAUAAAUUAUACGUAAUAAAAACAUAAAGUAUGUUUUUUUUAAGUUUAUCGUACUAUGACUCUUACAAGCAUAACAAAUUCCUAAAAUGUUAGUAAUACUAACUCUAAAAUACCUACACGAGGUUUGGUAAAAAAAAUAUUGGUAUUCACUUUGCUUUGUCAGCUUGCUUUAAAGCAUGAUCAGCCCUGAAAACACCUAUACUCUUUAAAUUAAGACUGUUAAUUGUUUUUUUAUAUUUAUUAACCGAAAUUUUUAUUGUGUAUUGAUAUUAAGCAUGGAGAAGUUGAUGUAUUUUUAAGGCCUAAAUUUCGAAAUCGAGCGAAAAAUGAGUAGCCAUGCUAUUGAAAUUACGUGAGUGCCUUUUCGUUUUUGUUAAAAAUCUUGAUUCACAAUCUAUUUCGUCGUCACUUGUAUCAAUUUUAAGAAAAUUGGGGUAUUCUAGAUUUUAUAAUUCCGAAAAAAUGCGAAAAAUUUAUGCAAAGAGCUGGUAAUUUUAACAUACAGUAGAGAGAUCGAAAGCAAUAAGAUGAAAAAAGCAAUUCCUUUUAUUUUUUAUCAAUCCUCGUCUAUGAUUAUUCAAAAUUGCGAUAUUACUGCUAAAAAAAAUAGUAAAAUUUUAUGUUUUAAAACAUUGUUUACACAUUUUUUCCUAGUUAAUAUUUGCUUUCUAUUUCAAGCGGUGUAGAUUGUAAUAGUGCGAUUGACUUAAAUAAAAUGACUUGUAACAAAAUAUUCAAUACAUGUUAGAUACAUAUAUGCUUUGCCAUUUAUAAUUUUUGAUGAGGACAUUUUUAAUGAUGCAUUUUUAGUAGGGAUGGUUAACCUUUUCUUUAAUUAGUUUCAACAUCAGGACAUUUUUUGUCCAAAAUCGAACUUAUUAAUAAAAUUUAGCUUUGAUUCACUAAGUCGAAUUAGGUAAAACUUUCAUUUAGAUACAGCAAACUGAUUAGUUAAAAAAAUCCGAUGCAUCAUUAGAAAUCUGGUAUAAAGCACACAUCCUUAAUCUAUCUUGCAAGAUCUAACAAUGGUACUUCUUUAGAUAUAGCCCUUUCAAACAAUUAAUAAUAAAUUAAAUAUUGCUAGGUUUCAUUUUUAACAAAACAAUGUUAGUGUAAUUAUGUGUGUUCUGUUGGAAAAGAAUAAAAAUCGGCACUCUGAUAGCCUAUCAAAAGAUUUAAUUAAAAAAUGUAUUUUAAAUGAAAUUGUUCAACUUUACAUAUUUCAGUUCUAAAUUGAUUUUUGUGCCGAUUUUCAUUCUGACACUUCUGUUGAUAAUAUAAUAUAUGCUAUUCAAAA